CUCUCCUCCGCAGACACACGAACGGGAGUAACACCGGCAGUUUGAACUAUUGUCACGCUGUCACCGGAGGAGCAACGUCACAUGAAGCCGAAAUAAACCUCUAUAACGGGAAAAAAAUCUGCGGAGUCCGGUGUGACGAUCAUUUAAACUGCUUGUACCUGCUGGCUGGAGAACAUUUCAUAUCUGCAGAGGCGGGUGAAGAUCCCAAAUCCAAGUCUGGGAGAAAUCAACACACAAGCACACACUGAAGAACUUCAGGGAUUCAGAUAAAUGGCUGACAAACAAAUCAGUUUGCCUGCCAAGCUAAUAAACGGAGGCGUGGCGGGACUGAUCGGCGUUACCUGCGUGUUUCCCAUCGAUCUGGCCAAGACUCGACUUCAGAACCAGCAGAAUGGAUCACGACUAUAUACCAGCAUGUCAGACUGCCUUAUUAAGACCAUUCGGUCGGAGGGAUAUUUUGGAAUGUACAGAGGUGCUGCGGUGAAUUUAACCCUCGUCACUCCGGAAAAAGCCAUCAAGCUGGCGGCGAAUGAUUUCUUCAGAUUUCACCUCUCUAAGGACGGACAGAAACUCACUCUGCUGCGAGAGAUGCUGGCCGGUUGUGGCGCGGGUACGUGUCAGGUCAUUGUUACAACGCCAAUGGAGAUGCUGAAGAUUCAGCUGCAAGAUGCUGGAAGGAUUGCGGCUCAGAGGAAGCUCAUGCCUCAGGCUGUGACCCCUGGCGGUCCCGUCGAGUUGAAGUCCCAAACUGCUAUGCAACUCACCCGAGAUUUACUGAAGGAAAAAGGCAUCGCCGGUCUCUACAAAGGCCUGGGAGCCACACUGCUCAGGGACGUCCCGUUUUCCAUGAUUUAUUUUCCUUUAUUUGCCAAUCUGAAUAAUUUGGGGAAAAAAGAAGUUGAUGGACCCGCCCCUUUCUACGUAUCUUUCAUAUCCGGCUGCAUCGCAGGAAGCACGGCUGCGGUCGCCGUCAACCCUGUAGAUGUGAUAAAGACCAGGUUACAAUCACUAACUCGAGGUAGUCAAGAGGACACUUACAGCGGGGUGAUGGACUGUAUCAGUAAGAUAUUACGCAACGAAGGUCCCACCGCUUUCCUGAAGGGGGCGUACUGUCGCGCUCUCGUCAUAGCUCCUCUGUUUGGCAUCGCGCAGGUGGUUUACUUCUUGGGUGUGGGAGAAUUGGUCCUGAGUUAUCUGCCCAAACGAAACAACUAACCAAUCAUCUCCCCGAGACCCAUCAUGCAUCGCAGCAGUCAGAUCUUUCCCCCGCCCUUUUCCUUGCCCGUGUGUGUGACCGCAGGAUCAAAACGUAACGUGGACCACUUUAAGCGAUUUUAAUUGUUUUAUUGUUGUGGCGAUGUGUAUUUUUAUCUGAAUGUGGUGAGAUUGUGUUCGCCAAGCUGCCUGUUUCGUAUCCGCCGAUCUCGCGCUGAGACAAAGUGACUUUGAUCGUAGAUAUAUAAAAUAAUUUUACGAUCUUUUAAUCAAACGAAAAGUCGAGCCAUCGUCCGAUCACUGGGGCUUUAUGUCACAACGUUUAACAUUUAAAUGAUUGACGAUCAUGAUGAAAUAUCAACCUGCCGUGAAAGCGUUUUUAAUUUGGUGUAACCGGAGGGCAUGUCAUGUUCUCUGGGAAGUUGAUUAGUUUGCCCGUGUAUUAGCUUGUUGUGUUUGUUAUCCAACACUGAAUGCCAUUCCUCUGGGCUAGGAACAACCUUGAGGUGAAAGUUUCAGAUAUCCUAUGACUAAGGUCAGAACUAUGUUCAUCUGUAUUUCUAGGGCGAAUUUCAAUCGGAAGUGACCGUCCCUAUGCCCUAUUUCCUUCGAAGAUCAAAGCUCUUGAUGUUUAAACUGUGCAGGAAGUUGCGCAAUUGCCGUUAAAAAUACAUUUGGUGAAUAGAGCAAUGAAAACAACGGCAUUUUCUUUUUAUCUGGAGCGACGGUUUAUGAGGCAUCCCCUUGCCGAAGUUCCCCUUCAAGGGCACAAAAAUGCAGUUUGGAAUUCGCCUUCUGUCUGUAUGCAGUCUGGGUCGACUGUUAGUUCCCCUUCGCAUGAAAGGUUAAUUGGAUUAAUUUCAUGAAAACGCAGAGCAAAAUGGUGUCAGUAAAUGUGAAAUGUGAAUUCGAUUUGAAAGCAUCUCUCAAACGAAAUCUCCGUUCACACCAGCCGCGAUAGAGGCGUCAAGCGCGAGUGAUUUCAAUGUUAAGUCAAUGUAAAGACGCAUUCAACGCAUGUAAAUUUCUGCACGUCUGGACGUCUCCCGAAUAAAGCAUUUAGCGCAGCGCGGAUGAGUCGUUUAGCACGGUGCGUAGAUGCAAUUACGCCUCAUUUGCAUGUCUAGUUCGCGCGAAUUAAGCGUUGCUGUGGGAAACGCUCGAGUUGAAAACUUUGAACUUUAUCGUAAAAACGUGCAUUUAGCGCGGUGCGAUAGACGCGAUUACGCCUCAUUUGCACGUCUAGUUUACGCGAAUUGAGCGUUGGCGCUUGGAUACGCGCGAGAUGAAAAAUUUGAACUUUGGUGGAAAAAACGCCGCGUUAACCAGUCAGGAGCUUGCUCUAGUAGUGACGUGAUUACAGGAAGGGAGCGGAGUCGCAGAAGCCCCUCCCAUUAUGCGAAUUUCCGCAUGAAUGUCUCGAUGACUAGAAUUUCAUGCGUGGCUUUCACUCGCAAAUGAAGCGAGUACACUCAAAAUGUUCAUGUAGAUGCGAAUUUGACACCUCAAACGCGUCUGGUGUGAACCCACAGUAAGUGGAAAACCCUUCCAACGCGGAGCUAAAGAAUAGUGUUUCGUUCACUGUUUUUGUUCAGACAGGCAGCAAAAAUUUAUUUAUUUUUAUUAUUUGUCUUAAUUACUUUAAUGAACAGCAAAAAAUGCAUUAAACACGAUUUCCGACUUUUACAAACGCAAAGUAUAGUGAAUCACAUUUGUAGGUGAUCAGAAAUUUUUGGAAAUGUGUCGAAAUAAUUGGAUUCGAGGUCAUUAUUGUGCACUUAAAACGUUAUGUGAUGUAUUUAGCAAUGUUUGCUAUGCGGCAAAUCGCUAAGAAUCACCUAAUUAAUAUUCAUAAGCAAACUCAGAUCAUUCCUAUACCCCUCCUCUAACCCUGCCCACAGGCCAUUAUUUAUUCCUUAAGAUCUAAUAUUAUUCUAAUGUGAAAACUAUUGCAAUGCUUAAUGCAGAUAUGGGAUGGCUCUUAGCCCGUUAUUAUAAAGAAUAGCUACAUUAUCUCAAAACAAGAUUCACAAAAGCCAAAGUGAAGUGUAUUGAUUGUAAGGAGUUGGACAUGAAUAUUAAUGCAUUGGCUGUUUUCAUUAUUUUACUAAGUUGUUUUUAAGCUCGAAUUAAGUAAUCAUUCCAAAUUUGCGAAAAGCUGAAAAGCACACGCUAAUAAAGUGAUGUCCCAGACUUUAAAGUGAAGUUAUAUUUAUUGCUAAUCCUUCUCAUAUAGAUGUAUACACACGGAUAUAGUAUAUCUCACUAUAUAUUUGUAUAGAAAGUUUUAUUAGUGUCUAAUCGUGCGUGUGAUCAUUGUUGAUUACUGUAAUGUACAUAUUCAGAUUAUAUGUGAUUAUUUUGUCUGUUUUUUUUGUUUGUUUUGUAUGUGAUGGCUUAUUUGCACACCCCACAUCGUUUGCCGGCCCCGUUCCUUUUACGGUUUACAUUUUUACAUUUUGGUCGCCGAAAGAAUGCACUACCAAAUGAAUCGAACAAAACCCGUUUACUUUCGUCUUUUUUUGUGGCAUCAUCGCACAUGCGUUUGGUUCGAUCCUUACAUGUUUAAACAGGCCUAUUGUGGGAACCCUCUUACAUUAUGUGCUUUCACAACAGCCCACAUCGGUUACAGUGAGAUAAGGUUGCCUAUGUGUGUUGUAAAGAGAGCUAUUGGCUCAGACUCACAAAUUUGUCUCGCAUUGUGAGUCUGUUUUAUACUGCCGAAUGCUUCCUGACCAAAUCCCAACUUAUAAUACCUCUAUACCAUGAGCUUAACCUUUUCUUUCCCUACAAUUCCUGGCAUUAGUAAAGUAACUCAGUGUAAUAUUGGCCAUGUUAUGCACUGUAUGCACUACAAAACAUAGAGAGAUGAUGAUCGCAUUUAUGUGUCACAUUAUGUUUAGCACUGGAUUUGCAUAAUAAACCAGUUUAAAACCAGUUAAAGCAGAUAUGUAGUGACACCUGUAUCGCCACGGAGUUCACAACAGUCAGUAGCUAUAUUUCCAUCCAAAGUUACGUAUUAAACUUAUGCGCAAAAUUGGAAUAUCGUAUAAAACAUUUAGCAAAUAAAACAUCAUUUUUACUGCACUAAAUAUCAUUAACUCUUUCCCUGCCAUUCACGAGUUAUCUCGUCAAUUAAAAGAAAACGCUUCCCUGCCAAUUAUGAGUUUUUACAACAAUCCAUAUUUCCGCUAUUAUCCACUAGAAGGCGCCCUUACCCAACUUAUAAAACACUUAAGCAUCCACUGAUCAAAAAACAGUAAAACUCUGUGUAUGUUUUGAGGAUCGUUCUAAAUCUGAUCUCUAAUAAAAGUCCUAUAAAAAAACGCAAUUAUUUCAGAUUUUUGUUCACAAUUUGGUAUUUUUUAAGAAACUUACCCAUAUUUGAUAGGUGAAUAAAAGAGAACUAAUGAAGAUAGGAUGAAUAUUAAUAUAUGUUUAC